UCUCUUCUCGCGAGACUUGUGAGCGCCCAUCUUGCUUCUGCCCGUGACAGAUUUUUGUGUGGGGGUCACUUGGGCUUGUAGGGUGUGUGUGUGGGAUACCUGACGAUGCUGUCCCGGGUGGUACUUUCUGUCGCCGCUGCAGCAGCCCCCUCUCUGAAGAACGCAGCCCUCCUCGGUCCAGGGGUAUUGCAGGCAACAAGGAUCUUUCACACAGGGCAGUCAAGUCUUGCCCCUGUACCACCUCUUCCUGAAUAUGGAGGAAAGGUUCGUUUUGGGCUGAUCCCUGAGGAAUUCUUCCAGUUCCUUUAUCCUAAAACUGGUGUAACAGGACCCUAUGUGCUCGGAACUGGGCUUAUCUUAUAUUUACUCUCCAAAGAAAUAUAUGUGAUAACUCCAGAGACCUUCUCUGCCAUAUCAACAAUAGGAUUGCUUAUCUACGCAGUUAAAAAAUAUGGUGCCUCUAUUGGGGAAUUUGCUGAUAAACUCAAUGAGCAAAAAAUUGCCCAACUAGAAGAAGUGAAACAGGCUUCCAUCAAACAAAUCCAGGAUGCAAUUGAUCUGGAGAAGUCGCAGCAGGCACUGGUUCAAAAGCGCCAUUACCUUUUUGAUGUCCAGAGGAAUAACAUUGCCAUGGUCUUGGAGGUCACUUACCGGGAACGGCUGCAUAGAGUAUACAGGGAGGUAAAGAAUCGCCUGGACUAUCACAUCUCUGUGCAGAAUAUGAUGCGUCAAAAGGAGAAAGAGCACAUGAUAAACUGGGUGGAGAAGCACGUGGUACAGAGCAUCUCUGUGCAGCAGGAAAAGGAGACAAUUGCCAAGUGCAUUGCAGAUCUAAAGCUGCUCGCAAAGAAGGCUCAAGCACAACCAGUUCUGUAAAUGCAUCUAUCCCAAUUGAGACAGCUAGAAACAGUUGACUGACUAAAUGGAAACUAGGCUAUGUGACAAAAUCUCUCUGUAUUGCUGUCUACUGAAGUUACAGUUUCCCUUUCCUAAAAAUGAAAAGUUUGUUUCAUAUAAUGAGAGAAUUAAAACAAUCUGUUGGCCAGUAAGAUGUUUCUCUCAUCCUUCUUGCUCUGCAUUUUGAGUUGUUCCAUGAUCACUUUUGAGUAAGCAGUUUGCUUUGAAUAAAACUUGAUACCUGACUAAAAACUAUCAAGUUACAGUUUAAAUUUGAAUUAAUUCAACUAUCUUGUAAUAAAGUGACAGUGGAAAC